AUGAGCAAAUACAUAACCCCACCAGUUUGUACGCCCAAACAACAAAGUGGAGAGUGCCAUGGUCCAGCCUUUCCAACGCAAGGAAUUUGGCAGCCGAUCACUCUUGAGGCUUUCAAUGAGAUUACACUACGAAGUAUUACAGUGGACACGCAACAAGAUCACACUGGACAGUGGCUGCUCAACUGUACCGUGUUCUUGGAAAGUGCUGCCUCUAGUAGAUCCAAUGGCAACUUGAGCUUCUACUUGAACAACACUUUCCUAAUGAAACACGAGUUUAAAGCUCAAUUUGAUGGCAAGGGCGAAGCAUCCAUAAGCGCCUUUAUGCUAGUGCCCAGCAAAUUUCAGAUAAAGCCCUGGUUCCCAAAUGGCGUUGGCUUGCAGUAUCUCUACUCACUGACUGCCAAAGUUGUAGGUGCUGCCGGAGAAUCCACCUCCAAGACGAUUCGCAUUGGCUUUCGAACGGUGAAACUAAUCCAAAAAAGACUACCGUCAACCGAAGAGGCGUACUCCUUCUACUUUGAAGUGAACAACUUGCCCAUCUUUUCCAAAGGUUCCAACUGGAUUCCCGCUCAUGUGCUGCACGAGUCGUACUCUGAAGAGUACAUUCGAGAUUUGCUGAUCUCCGCCAAGUUGGCCAACAUGAACAUGCUGCGCGUUUGGGGCGGUGGCAUCUACGAGGAUGACCGGUUCNUUUCUACUUUGAAGUGA